UCCUCCCCCUUUCAGCAGCCGGAGGAUACCGGUGUUCUGAGGGGCUGGCGCUGCACGGAGUGCCGCUGGGGACACAAAACUGCGCAGAGCGAAGGAGCGGACGCCAAAAUGUCCCAGCCUAACAGAAAGCCAGCACGAGGUGGGGCUGUACAGCAGGCAGGAUCAUCAAAGUCUGGACGAGCAAAGGGAUUAAAAGACAUUCGAAUAGAUGAAGAAGUGAAAAUAGCUGUUAAUAUUGCACUGGAGAGAUUUCGCUAUAGUGAUGAAAAAGAGAUGGAAUUUCCUUCUUCCUUUACUAGCACUGAAAGAGCUUUUGUUCACCGGCUAUCCCAGUCACUUGGGCUAGUAUCAAAGAGCAGAGGGAAAGAAGCAAAACGAUAUUUAACUGUAAGAAAGAAGGGUGGAUCUGAUGCAGUUAGUGGAUUGAUGACAUGUAAUUUAACUCCCAACUCCAAACAUGCCAUGAGGAGUCUCAUGCAGAGGUUUCCGGUCUCUAGCAAGGAAAAGUCAGACCUGCUUCCCAAGACCGAACGUGGAAAUGUGUUUGAAGUGGAAGCAGAGAACCAUGAAACGUGCAAGACCAAUGGCCGCCUGAUCAACGGAAUUCCACAAGUCCCUGUAAGGCGCAGAGAUUCUGAGUUCGAUUCCUUCCGUUGUUCUCUACCGGUUUUUGAAAAGCAAGAGGAAAUUGUCAGAAUCCUUAAGGAAAAUAAGGUGGUACUGAUUGUAGGUGAAACUGGAUCAGGAAAGACAACUCAGAUUCCUCAGUUUCUUCUUGAUGAUUGCUACAAAAAUGGUGCCCCUUGUCGUAUAUUCUGCACCCAGCCAAGGCGUUUGGCUGCAAUUUCAAUUGCAGAUAGAGUUGCCGCUGAAAGGGGGGAGAAAAUAGGACAGACUGUUGGCUAUCAGAUCCGAUUGGAAAGCCGAGUUUCUGCCAAGACGCUACUCACAUUUUGCACUAAUGGUGUUCUCUUACGUACCCUGAUGUCUGGAGGAGAUGACACACUAUCAACAGUUUCUCAUGUUAUUGUGGAUGAAGUUCACGAGAGAGAUCGCUUCAGUGACUUCCUGCUCAUCAAACUCAGGGAAGUGAUUCAGAGACACCCAUCUUUAACGCUUGUUCUUUCCAGUGCUGCCUUAGAUGUCAAUCUGUUCCUACGCUAUUUUGGAGGGUGCCCUAUUAUCUAUAUUCAAGGAAAGCCAUACGAAGUAAAAGAAAUGUAUUUAGAAGAUAUAUUACGGACUUCUGGAUACACCAAUAAGGAAAUGCUUAAAUACAAGAAAGAAAAACAUUGUGAGGAGGAGCAGAAGAAUACUCUAACAGAAUGGUACUCUGCAAAAGAGACUAGCAGGAAGUCUGAAACUGAACAGCACAGAAGUAUUCCUGAUGUUGCCAAGCAGUAUGAAUUACUGGAAGAUGAGGGAGACACUGCAUUCAGUCAGCUGACAGAAAAGGAUGAGAAUUGCCUUGAGCCAUGGCUUAUAAAGGAAAUGGACGACUGUCUUGAUUUUAUCUGGCUGCAUAAAGAUGUAGAUGCAUUUGCUCAGCUUUUUCAUUUGAUAUUAACUGAAAAUGUUAGUGUUGACUACAGACACAGUAAAACGAGUGCAUCUCCUUUAAUGGUGGCGGCAGGUAGAGGAUUUUUAAAUCAGGUAGAACAGCUCAUUAGUAUGGGAGCCAAUAUCCACGUCAAGGCAUCAAACGGAUGGACGGCUUUGGAUUGGGCAAAACACUUUGGGCAGAAUGAUGUUGUAGACAUCUUAGAGUCUUACAGUUCGUCAUUGGAGUCUGAGAAUCUGGAUGACACCUCUCUCAUGCAGGCAGAUUGCAGUGAUUUGAGUGCAGAGGACAAAGAGCUCCUGAAAGCAUACCACCAUAGUUUUGACGAUGAAAAAGUAGAUCUUGAUCUGAUCAUGCAUAUUCUUUACAACAUCUGCGAAAGCCAUGAAUCAGGGGCUAUAUUGAUAUUUCUUCCGGGAUAUGACGAGAUUGUUGGUCUGCGAGAUCGCAUAUUGUUUGAUGACAAGAGAUUUGCUGGUAAUGCUCACAGAUAUCAAGUAUUUAUGUUGCAUUCAAACAUGCAAACAUCAGACCAGAAGAAAGUUUUAAAGACCCCUCCGUCAGGCAUUCGAAAAAUAAUACUUUCCACGAAUAUUGCAGAGACUAGCAUCACGGUUAAUGAUGUUAUAUUCGUGAUUGACUCUGGGAAAGUAAAGGAGAAAUCCUUUGAUGCUUUGAGCCAUGUUACAAUGCUGAAAAUGGUGUGGAUUUCAAAAGCCAGUGCAAUUCAAAGAAAAGGAAGGGCUGGGCGCUGCAACCCUGGAAUAUGUUUCCGUUUGUUUAGCAGACUUCGCUUUCAGAAUAUGCUGGAAUUCCAGACCCCGGAAUUGCUGCGGAUGCCCCUUCAUGAACUUUGCUUACACACAAAACUUCUGGCACCAGUCAACUGUCCCAUUGCAGACUUUCUGAUGAAGGCCCCAGAACCACCACCAGCCUUAAUCGUUCGAAAUGCUGUGCAGAUGCUUAAGACUAUAGAUGCCAUGGACACAUGGGAAGAUCUGACUGAACUUGGUUAUCACUUGGCAUAUUUGCCUGUAGAGCCCCAUCUUGGCAAAAUGGUGCUUUGUGCUGUAGUUCUGAAGUGCCUGGAUCCAAUUCUCACCAUAGCAUGCUCUUUGGCAUACCGGGAUCCUUUUGUACUGCCUACACAGGCCUCACAGAAACGUGUAGCAUUGUUAUGCAGAAAGCACUUUUCAGCAGGGACAUACAGUGACCAUAUGGCUCUUCUCAGGGCUUUUCAGGCCUGGCAGAAAGCACGCAGUGAAGGGUGGGAAAGAGAAUUUUGUGAGAAGAAUUUCCUUUCACAGGCUACAAUGGAAGUUAUUGUUGGAAUGAAAACACAGCUGCUUGGCCAACUCAGGGCAUCAGGUUUUGUCAGAGCCCGUGGAGGUGGAGACCUACAAGAUGUGAACACUAACUCAGAAAACUGGGCUGUUGUGAAAGCUGCUCUAGUGGCUGGCAUGUAUCCUAACCUGGUAUACGUGGACAGGCAAAGUAUGGUUCUAACAGGACCAAAAGAAAAACGAGUGCGCUUUCACCCUACCUCUGUUGUAAGCCAGCCCCAGUUUAAGAAGAUCCCCCCUGCCAAUUGUCAGGCAGCAGCCGUACAAGCCUUACCCACAGAUUGGCUAAUAUAUGAUGAGAUGACUCGCAAUCACAGAAUUGCUAAUAUCAGGUGCUGCUCAGUGGUCACACCUGUCACUGCAGCCAUAUUUUCUGGUCCUGCAAGACUGCCAAGUAAUGCCCUGGAGGAGCCUUCUAUCUCUAGUGCAGUGGACGGUGUCUCCAGUGACAGUGAGGAGGAUGAGAAAAGCACAGCUAUGGUGGCAACACUAAAAUUGGAUGAGUGGCUUCACUUUAAGCUUGAAUCUGUGGAUGCUGGUCUUUUAUUUGAACUUCGACAGAAGUGGCACAGCUUAUUUUUGAGAAGGAUGCGUUCUCCUUUCAAACCUUGGUCUCAGGUUGAUGAGGCCACUCUAAGGGCCGUCAUAGCGGUGAUUACUACUGAAGAACAAUCUGCAGGUUUACAGCAGCCGUCAGGAAUUGGACAAAGACCUAGGCCAGUGCCUCACGAAGAGCUUCCAUUCGCUUCGUCAUGGAGAACAAAUAGCCGAAAGAUUUCUCCAAAAACAGAGUUCUCAGAAGAUCUGCUUAAUAUGGAUAGUUUAGUGUUGAACUCUCCAUCCCCGGCUAUUCAUCAACAGACAAAAUACAAAGAAAUUGGGAUCUUACAUUCAAAGCUUCCAAGAGAUCAAAGAGAUCAGUCCUCUCGAAUAUCAGGAAAUAAUGUCUAUCCAAGUCCCAGUGAAAGACCUUCUCCCACAGCCUCUGCAAAGAGCUCUAAAUCUUCAUCACCACGACCAAAUCUAUCUGUGCGAUACUUUAUAAUGAAGAACAGCAACUUGAGAAACCUUGAGAUAUCUCAGCAAAAGGGAAUUUGGUCUACAACGCCAAGUAAUGAGCGCAAAUUGAACAGAGCCUUUUGGGAGAGCAGUGCAGUUUACUUGGUAUUUUCGGUUCAAGGUUCAGGCCACUUUCAGGGUUUUGCCCGGAUGUCUUCUGAAAUUGGCCGUGAAAAAAGCCAGGAGUGGGGUUCAACAAGUCUUGGGGGAGUGUUUAAAGUGGAGUGGAUAAGGAAGGACAACCUUUCAUUUCAGCAUGCUCAUCACCUGCUUAAUCCAUGGAAUAACCAUAAGAAAGUGCAAAUAAGCCGAGAUGGCCAGGAGCUAGAGCCGCAGGUUGGAGAGCAGUUGCUUCUACUUUGGGACAGAAUUCCAGUGGGAGACAAAAGUAUAACUCACUUACAGUGAUUGGAGAACAGCAAUAAAUACCAUAAUAUUGUAUGUAGUCUUUUCAUCCUAAAUCUAGAUUUUAGUCUAAAAUGUAUAUUUCAUCAGCGAGUCUAACUAGUGAUUUCUACUACAGUUAUGCUAUGUUUUGGUUAUAAUGUUUCCAGUGAAAUGCAUUAGGAAUGCUAUUGUAUCAUGCGUUAGUUGAUGUUGCACCCCGUUAUUUUAAAGACAGCCAGACAACAUGUGUCACAAGCAAUGCUUGUUUUAAUCUCGGCUGGUAUCAUUUGACAUGUAAGAUCAUGUUAUUUUGCUGUAAAUAACCUACAAUUUGUUUUCCUUUUUAAUAUGGUGACGGUACAGGAAAAUUGUGAUUAUGGGCCCAUCUGUAUUAAAAAUGCUGAACACAUCCAGAAAAGCCUAGCUUUGUUCUAAUUUAAAGCCUUGGAGGCUUUCCUGACAAUACUUUCCUGUGAAUCUCUUGUUUACGCCCUUUGUGUUACUAUGUUUUUUUAAUUAGACUGUGACACCUUUAGGUCCAGCAGCCUGGUGUUUGGUACAUAGUCUUCCAUCCUCUUAAACCACUUCUUGAAAUCAUUAGUUCUUUGGGGAGUUUUUUUGUACUCAAUCAGGCCACAUGUUAAAUGCGUGUGCGGUGUAUUAAAAUGCCACUGCCAUAUAACAUGUACAUUAAAUGCAGAAACCAUUUUCUUGGUGCUCUGAGAUUUAUUAGACCAUAUUGGCAUAUUCAUUAUAGGCACUGCUCCAGUAAUUCAUACUAAAAUUGCAGUUCAUUUUUAGCAUUGAUAUUUCCAUUAACAGAGAUCAUUGUUUACGCAGUCUCACAUUUAUUCCUGUAUUAAUUGCCCGUUUUGCUGCAUACUGCAUCAUUAUAAUCUCUCAUUGAACUGUAGCUAGGAGAUCAAAUCUUCUAAAAUUAACUGCCCGAUUAUUAUACUUUAUAGUAUAUCUAAAUACAGGAACAAAUCCAAAUUGUUACAAUCCAUCUUUUGUAUUUCACACACAAAAUUACAUUUAUUUAAAUGAAUAUAACUUAAAAUAUCAAUAAUAAACUAGUCUGGAGGUAUGUGUUAUAAGAUUAUUUUAUUCUAUAUAGAGGCCUCACUUCAAGCAUUAGCCUCCUGUUCAGAAGCAACUUCCAGCAAGCUGUUAGCAGAGCCAGAUUUACAAUUCAGGUGCC